GCCGUUUCCAUUGGGUCCGGGAUUGCCUGCAGUGCCGGCGCGACGAAUAGGCCAUCCCUACCAAAACCGUACGCCACCGAAGAGGAAGAAACCGCGGACUUCCUUCACACGAAUGCAAAUUUGCGAAUUAGAGAAGAGAUUUCACAAACAAAAAUACUUAGCCUCAGCCGAGAGGGCAUCUCUGGCCAAAACACUCAAAAUGACCGACGCUCAGGUCAAGACCUGGUNACUUCCUUCACACGAAUGCAAAUUUGCGAAUUAGAGAAGAGAUUUCACAAACAAAAAUACUUAGCCUCAGCCGAGAGGGCAUCUCUGGCCAAAACACUCAAAAUGACCGACGCUCAGGUCAAGACC